AUGCAGUCUACCAUCGCCUGUCUUCUAACAGUUUUACUAAUCGGUUCAAUUACUGCUUUACCAAUUCCUAACCCAAAUGACAAUUUUAUUGAUCUUAAAGCAAAGAAUAUUUCGCUUGUAAAAAGGUUGGUUGGCUUUAGUGGAAUAGAGUCAGGUUCAUCAGCCGGUGGUCAGUCACAGUACUGCGGUUCCGGCACUGGUUCCAGUCAGCAGAUAACUUGUACACUAAGCAGUCCUUCACAGGGAGCUGGCAGUAGCGGUAGCACAGGAUAUGGCUCACCAUCAGAACCUGUCAGCCAAGUUGCACUUGCUCGUCCGUUGGUACUCCAUCCUGUUCUGUUGGCAGCAGCGGCACCCCAACAUGUUCCCUUGUUGAAUCAGCGCCCCAACAGCAGCAACCUUCACAAAGUGGACAAAAUUACUGCUGCUGUUGUUGUCCAAUGGGAGGAAAUUCAAACUCACAACCGUCAUAUAACGCCAAUUCAGGCUCUUCUCAACAGCUCUGUUGCUGCUGUUGUCCAUCUAAUUCCGGAUGCAAAAUGCAUGCUUUCCCGAUAG